CGUCCGAAAGAGCAUGACAUCACAUGGCGAGAAUGUUAAAAUGCCGUUAGCGACGCGCCCUUUUAUUUAGACUGAAAACGGCCUCUUGGGAGUCCAAGCCUUUCAUUUCAAAAAACUGUCAAAGUAAAAUCUACGGAUUGGGUAUCCUUCAAAAGCAUACAUCAUGGCAUCCGACGAUAUUGUAGACCACAGCAUCUUCGACCAGCUGUUGGAGAUGGACGAAGAUGAUGAGGAAAGGAGCUUCAGUAGAGACAUUGUUCUCAACUAUUUCGAGCAAGCUGAAACCACCUUUGCCAGCAUGGAUAAUUCAUUGGGAGCAAAAGACCUACCCUCUCUAUCUCGUCUUGGGCACUUUCUCAAAGGUAGCUCGGCAGCUCUGGGUCUCACCAAAGUAAAGGCAUCUUGCGAGAAAAUACAACACUAUGGAAACCUCAAAGAUGAGCACGGUUCAGGGAGUAUCUCUGAGGACGAGGCCCUAAAGCGAAUUGGCGCACUGCUGGCGCAAACCAAGGAAGAAUAUCGCGAAGCGGAAGACUACUUGAAAAAGUUUUAUGCUAGCGCUUAGAUAUAUGGCGACUACUGGGGCGCGAAAAUGGAUUGACUUUUUUUAACGUGUCUGGAAUUUAUUCCUCGCUGCCAAAGUUAUCGAUGAUAUUUCUGGGUUAGAGGGUUGGAAAUUGUGUGGAGAUUGAAGGUUGUGGGGGGCAUGUGUACGUACCGGCGACGGACGGCCUGUCGAGGGAAUUGGUUCUUGUCGUUGCGUUGUUGUUGUUGUCGUCGUUCAAUGUAGGAUUGCUUCGAAGGAAGUGCCCGAAACUGGCAGUGAGUGGACAGUGCAUUGUAUCCUAUUUCCUUAUAUUACAAUUAUAAUUCCUCAAAUUUGGAGCAAAUAUCUCUUCGUAGCGCCCUUGUUUUUGGACUUUACCAGAGGAAGCAUGAUGGGUCCGUAACGCUUUAAAGCCUGUCACUGUGAGCGCCCUUCAGUCGCCAUCCUGUCAUGUCUCAACGCUACAAAGAUCAAAUCACUUAUAUCCGACUAUGUUAAC